CAUGGAAAAUAAAAAAAUUCCGAAAAAUUGCGCCGGGCUGCCAUUUUUCUGUUGGUAAAACUGGCCUCUGGUCUGCAGCCUGCGCCAGAUAUUCGCGGCCACCGGCGUGCCCACCACCCUCCGGACAGACGGUGGACACCAGUUCACCGCCCGGCUCACCCGAGAGUUUCUGCGCCGCUGGGGAGUGGAGCACCAGAUCUCUACACCGCACUACCCUCAGUCUAAUGGGCAUGCCGAGUCGGCGGUCAAGGCCGCCAAACGGCUCAUCCAGAAGGCGACCAGCAGCGGCGAGCUCGACACGGACGCCUACGCGCAGGGGCUGCUGGAGCUGCGCAACAUGCCGCGCGCCGACGGCCGCUCUCCGGCUCAGGUCCUGUUCGGCCACCCGCUGAGAUCGGCAGUGCCGGCGCACCACCGGGCCUUCGCCGACUGCUGGCAGCGGGCGGCGGACGACUGUGACGCCAGGGCCGCCGCGCAGCAACAGGAAACAGCCGAGCGGUACGACACGACAGCCCGCCAGCACAGCGCGCUCACCAUGGGUCAGCGUGUGCUCGUCCAAGACCCGCGGUCGGGGGUGUGGGACCGCGUCGGCGUCAUCACGGCGGUCGGACAGCGGCGCGACUACCUGGUCCGGCUGCCCAGUGGCCGAGUCUACUGGCGGAACCAGCGCUAUCUGCGACCCCAGAGAUCUCUCAUCUCGGAGGGCGCCGCCACACCUGCACCCGGGUGCCGGCAGCAGCUCGCUCCGAGCUCGGCACCCGACGGCACGGAGGAGACCGCCGCCGCUGCGCCGGCGGACGGACAGCCGGCACCACCGGUGCUGCGGAACAGCGCCGACGACCCCAGCUCAGUGCGCCGUGGGACGCGCCGCCGUCGCCGUCCGGCCCGACUGACCGUGCGCUGGGCGGACUAGACGUACGACUGAGUUCGUGCGUCCACACCGUGUGUGGUGUACAUUUUUGUUUAUGUGUUAGACGCAAUGCGUAUCUUGUACCGACGCAUGCGUCUUGAGGG